AUUUGACCCGGAAGCGGAAGUGUGUAAGACUUUGUUUCCAGGCACACAGCAGCACGCGAGCUUGGCGGGACAGUGUUUCAAUUCUAACUAGGCUGUUGCUUUUUAAAAUUGUGAGCACUGUCUCUUCGAGCUCGCCAUGCCUUCCAGCUUGGGCCCCAGCAGUGUGGCAGCUGCGCUGCAAGAGGCUCUGGAAAAUUCAGCUCGACUGAUUGACCGUCACUUGCAGGAAGACCGCUGUUUUCCUGACCUGUCAGAGUUGCUCAAUGUACCCUCACAUAAUAUGCCCUCUCUGUCCGGUGUGUCUGACAUGGAUUAUCCUCUACAAGGCCCCGGUCUCAUCAGCGUGCCAAAUUUACCAGAGCUGAGUGCCGUCCGCAGGGUGCCUCUGCCUCCGGAGCUGGUGGAGCAGUUUAGCCACAUGCAGUGCAAUUGCAUGAUGGGAGUUUUCCCUGAGAUCAGCAGGGCAUGGCUUACAAUCGAUAAUGAUAUAUUUAUGUGGAACUAUGAGGAUGGAGGCGACGUGGCGUAUUUUGAUGGUCUGAGUGAAACUAUCCUUUCAGUUGGCCUGGUCAAACCAAAAGCAGGGAUUUUUCAGCCUCACAUCCACUUCCUGUUGGUGCUGGCUACACCUGUAGAUGUUGUUAUACUGGGACUGAGCUUCCCUAAGGCUCAGACAGGGUUAAAUGACAGCAUGUCGGGAGCCAUGCAGCUCCUGCCCGACCCACUCUACUCCAUCCCCACGGACAACACCUACAUGCUGGCCAUCACCUCUACAGACCUGGGACGCAUCUUCCUGGCCGGAAAGGAUGGAUGUCUGUACGAAAUCGCCUACCAGGCCGAAGCUGGGUGGUUCAGUCAGCGCUGCAGGAAGAUCAACCACUCCAAGAGCAGCCUGUCUUUCCUUAUUCCAUCUCUGCUGCAGUUCUCCUUCUCUGAAGAUGAUCCAGUUGUUCAGAUAGCUAUUGACAAUUCACGCAACACUCUGUACACAAGAUCAGAGAAAGGUGUGCUGCAGGUUUAUGAUUUGGGAUCUGAUGGCCAGGGAAUGAGCCGAGUGGCAGCCAUGUCUCAGAACGCUAUCGUUUCAGCUGCUGGGAAUAUCGCCAGGACAAUUGAUCGUUCUGUCUUCAAACCCAUCGUCCAGAUUGCCGUUAUUGAUCGUUCUGAGUCGUCGGAUUGCCAGCUCAUGGCUGUAACGCAUGCUGGUGUACGUCUGUACUUCAGCACCACUCCGUUCGCUCCACCCAACGCCAGGCAGAGCGUUUCCCGACCCAGCCUCCUGGCUCUGGUUCACGUUCGGCUGCCUCCGGGAUUCUCAGCCUCCUCCACCCUGCAAAAGCCUUCCAAAGUACACAAGGCUCUUUACAACAAAGGCGUUCUGUUGAUGGCAGCAUCAGAGACGGAGGACAGCGAUAUUCUGUGGUGUAUAAACCACGACUCCUUCCCCUUUAAGAAGCCUCUCAUGGAGGCUCAGAUGACCUCAAAUGUAGACGGUCACUCUUGGGCACUCUGUGCCAUCGAAGAGAUGAAAGUGCCCAAAAUUGUCACUCCAUUAAAUAGGGACUUCAUCCCACUCACUGAUUCUCCAGUGGUGGUUCAGCAGCACAACAUCCCACCUCAGAAAUUUGUUCUCCUCUCUGCCCAGGGAAGUCAUAUAUUCCACAAACUGAGACCAGUGGAUCAAUUGCGCCAUCUGCUGGUCAGCAGCAGUGGUGGGGAGAGUGAGGAAAUUGAGCGAUUCUUCAAGCUCCAUAGGGAGGAGCAGGCCUGUGCCACUGCUCUGAUCCUGGCCUGCUCCACUGCCGCCUGUGACAGAGAAGUUUCUGUGUGGGCCACUCGAGCUUUCUUCAGGUAUGGAGGAGAGGCUCAAAUGCGGUUUCCUUCUGCCCUGAGCGCACCAAGCAACGUCGGACCUCUCUUUGGGUCCCCUGUGCCAGGAUCUCCUAUCCCUGUUGGUAGUCCUCUUCCUAAUCCCAGUUUUCUAGCUACACCAGCUCCAGGUAUGAUGCCUCCUAGUGUGUCUACUCCCUUCAUCCCUUCAACUCCCAUGAGCCCCGGCAGCGCUGCCAUGCCCGCGAUGUCCUCUGGUCCUGAGGUCCUUUUUUCUGGGAAGCACAAUGGCAUUGUUAUCUACUUCUCCCGCAUACUUGGCAACAUCUGGGACGGGAGCCUGGUAUUGGAGCAGCCGAUCAGUAAAGGAAGCCAAACUGUGAUUGUUAUGGAGAGCACUGCAAGUUCAUCUUACCUGGAGGCAGUUCUGAUGGAGCUUCAAGGCCUGAAGGAGUUCAUUGACAAGAACUCGCAGUUUAGCCCCACGUCCUUGGGUGCAGCCAGUUUCAGCUCUCCAGCCAACCUGCAGCAAAGGCUGCUGGGAUUCAUGCGUCCGGACGGCGCCAGCUCUCACCAAGUCCAGCAAGAGCUCCAGAGGAAAUACCACACUGAAGCCCAGGUCUAUGAGAAGACAUCUCUGCAGGGCGUUCAGCAACUGGUGCACCGCUCCUAUCAGACUCUGGCUCUCUGGAAGCUCCUCUGCGACCACCAGUUCAGUCUCAUCAUCUCUGAGCUGCCCAAGGACUUCCAGGAGCAGCUGAAGGCCAUCAGCUUUAAGGACAUUGUGAUCCGCGGGCGUGAACUGACCGGUGCACUCAUCACCGCCCUCAUCAACGUGUACAUCAAAGACAGCGCCUCUGUGGACGCCAUCAGCUCCCUCCUACGAGAUAUCUGUCCUCUUCUGUACAGCAGUGAUGACAGCAUCUGCUCGAAGGCUAAUGAGCUACUGCAGAGCUCGAGGCAGAUCCAGAGCAAGGCGGAGAAGGAGCGUACGCUCAGGGAGUCACUGCGGCUGUACCAACAGAUCAGCAAUCACACGGACCUGCCGCUUGUGUGCUCACAAUAUCGACAAGUGCGUUUCUAUGAGGGUGUUGUGGAGCUGUGCCUUACAGCUUCUGAUAAGAAAGACCCCCAGAAGUUGGGUCCCCACUUCUAUAAGAACGGAGAGCCUGAGGAGGAUGCUGUAGGCCAGCAAGCUUUUCAGGAAAGGCUGUCAUGUUAUAAAUGCAUCACAGACACCAUGCAGGAGCUGGUGAACCACAGCAAAGCAGCUCCGCAGUCCCCCAGUGUGCCUAAGCAGCCAGGGCCUCCGGUUAUGACCUCUGACCCCAACAUGCUCAGCAAUGAGGAUGCUGCUGCCCAUUUUGAGCAAAUGCUUGGCCUAGCUCAAAGGUCGCAAGAUGAGCUGUUCCACAUCGCACUGUACAACUGGCUGAUCCAGGCUGACCUCACUGACAAACUCCUGGAGGUCAACUCUCAGUAUCUCGAAGAUCAUUUAAUGCACAUGAUAAAGCAGGACCAGAGCAAAGUACGCAACAUGGACCUCCUGUGGCGGUACUAUGAGAAGAAUCGCAGCUUUGGCAAAGCGGCUCACGUCCUGGCCAGGCUGGCCGAUAUGCACAGCACAGAGAUCUCUCUACAGCAGAGGCUGGAGUACAUCUCCCGGGCCAUCCUUUCAGCCAAGAGUUCAUCCUGCAUCUCCUCAAUGGGAGCCGACGGAGAGUUCCUGCAUGAACUGGAAGAGAAGAUGGAGGUGGUGCGGAUUCAGGUGCAGAUCCAGGAGACUUUGAGAAGACAAUACUCCCAUCACCCCUCAGUACAGGCAGCGAUAUCUCAGCUGGACUCGGAGUUAAUGGAUAUCACUAAGCUUUAUGGAGAGUUUGCAGACCAUUUCCGGUUGUCUGAGUGCAAGCUGGCUAUCAUUCACUGUGCUGGACACUCAGACCCUAUCCUGGUUCACUCGCUGUGGCAAGAGAUCAUGGAAAAAGAGCUGAAUGACAGUGUGGCUAUGAGUCCAGCAGACCGCAUGCGAGCCCUGAAUCUAAAGCUGAUCUCCCUGGGGAAGCUGUAUGCAGGAACACCACGAUAUUUUCCACUGGACUUCCUGGUCAAGUUUCUGGAGCAGGAAGUGUGUAAGCUGAAGUGGGAUGUGGGCUUUGUCACCUUCACAAUGCAAGAGAUUGGUGUCCAGCUUCCACGUCUGCUGGAAGUAUACGAUCAGCUCUUCAAAGCUCGGGAUCCCUGUUGGCAGCGUCUGAGGAAACCUCUGCACCUAGUGGAGUGCAUCCAUGUGCUCCUGUCGGGUUACGUAGACGACCCAAGCCGAGUGCCCACUUACGACAGACGGAGGUUUACCAACGUGUGCUUGGACAACAUCUGUGGCUAUCUGGUGGAGCUUCAGUCACUGAGCCCCAGUGCUGCCCUGGAGGAAAUCAUACGCAACUUUAAAUCUCUACAGGCCAAACUGGAGAAGCUUCACUGAGGCCAGUUAGGGGUGUCUCUUACAUUACAUCAAAUAUACUUCCCUCACAGCUGUUUCACUCAGAUCUGAGCUUGAGGGUCGCACUAAUGACAUGAGAACACAGUCACAUGGAAGAAAUGCCGAGGAAUAAUAGUUCACACUCACGCCUUUGCAUAUGCAACCUAAAAUAUUUAAAGACUCAGAUCUACACAGUUACCUCUCUCAUAGUACUUGGAAAUGUUCCUGUUGAAGCAUACAGAGAUGAUCAUCUAUUUCUAUUUGGUGCUGUGUUUACUUGAGGGGUCCUUUCUGCCAGGCUUCACAACCGAUUUGGUCAUGUUUAUUAAGGGUUGGACACAGAUAUUUGUAAAAAGAAUUGUAUGUAAUAUUUGUCCAGGACUUGAAGACUACUAAUAGGGAGAAAAAAACAACAACAAAAAAUACAAAUCUAGUUGCUGAAAAACAA